AUGUCAAAUAAUCACUAGCAUUUAAAUAAGAGCUUUAAGCACAGUCCUUCCACAUUUGAUUAACUGAUGCGGCAAUACCAUUCGUUUGGUUUUUAGAAACACUAGAUACUGAAGGCUUGGCAACUGUGUGGGUUCAACACCCUAACAUUCCAUGAAGAACUAAUUAGAAUUAGUCAAGAAGAGAACCAAAACCUUAGUGAAGAAGACCUAAUGAAUUCCUAGAUGCAAUUAAAGAAACAACUCAAAGAUCUAGAAGAAAAGGAUUUAAAACACGCUAUCUAACUUUCAAUUGAUGAUCAAAAUUAAUAACCCCAAAUCGAGCAACAGGAUAGAACAAAUAAGAGCGUACCGGUCGGAUUGAAGAAUCUAGGAAAUACUUGCUACAUGAAUGCUAUGUUACAGAGUCUCUUCAAUUCACUUCCUUUUAGAUAAUUGAUUUUUUCAAUAGAUUCAAAGCAAAACCAAACUAAGGCUGCUCUUUUUCUAUUACAAUUAUAAUAUUUAUUUGUUCAAUUGUAGGAAAGCAACAGCUCAUUUACAAAUCCCAUCAAAUUGUUCGAAGCUUUUUAAAAGUACAAGCCUGAUGGCAUGUUGAUAAAGGGAGUAUAGAAUGAUUUUAAUGAAUUACAAAAUGCCUUUUUGGAUGCCAUUGAACAAGCCCUCAAAGAUAUUGGAGAUGAGGAAUUGAAGAAAUAGUUUUGCUAAAUGUUCUAUGGAGAAUCCAAAGAAAUACUCACAUACAAGGAAAAAGAAUAAGAAGUAAUCAAAUUCACCACAACCGCUUUUGGAUCCAUCAGCAUCGAUGCUCAAGACAAAGACUUAGAGAAAGGAUUCCUCAACUCUAGAAUACUAAUCAUUGACGAAUACGAAACCAAUUCAAAAGAGAAGGUCAAAGCCAAAGUUGAUUAAAUCAUACUCCAACCUCCAAAGAUAUUGUAAUUCUACAUCAACAGAGUCUAUUACGAUCCCAAAUAGAAAUUACCCUGCAAAAACAAUGCCUCAUUUGAAUUUCCUUCCUCUUUAAAUAUCAAUCAAUUCAAGGCCAGUGAUCCUAAAUCGAUGAGCAAAGAACUGUAGAGACUUGAUAUAGAGGAAUAGAAGGUUUUAGACGAAUUGAGAAGGUACGGCACUUCCAAAGAGGACAUUGAUGAAAACUUCAGUAAAAUAAUUAAGUUGUUUAAAAGAGGAGAAGGCCAAUUAGACUAGCCACUUAUUAUUGAUGAUUUCUAAAUCUGCGAUGAGAAUACCUCGAAUCAAUAAUUAAUCUCUAGUCAACAAAUGCUAUUUCAACUUGAAAAUUAUAGAAACAAGUUCGUGAAAUCGAUUCAAUUGCUCACUGAUAGAUUGGAAUAGAUUUAAUCAGAAAAGAAACUAUUAUUAAAAUCAGAUUAAAAUAUGUAUCACUUAACAGCAGUGCUUAUGCAUGAUGGUGGCGCUACAUCUGGCCAUUAUUAUUGCUAUGUUCUAGACAAGAAUGAUUAUAAAACUUGGUGGAAGUGCAAUGACUCUGUGGUCACAAAGAUUGAGUAUGCCCAGGUUAUUAAAGAUGCUACAGGAGUAAAUAGACCAUAAUCUAAUGUGUCUGGACUUAUCUAUGAAUAAGAAUCCUGGAUGAAAGUGUCGAAGUUAUAAAUUACUCCAAAACUCUUAGAAUAACUAGAUGAACAGAAGAUCAAAUCUCAAAAGACUUAGGAUCUUCAGAAGGUUAUGAAUAGAAAAACAAUGAUUAUUCAACAAAUCUCAAAUUGCCCAUUAAAAGCUUGCAAAUCCAUAGAUCCCUUAAGCAAAGAGUUUGAAAUCUUCAGUAAUUUUGAUCUGUUUUUAUCAAUAAAUCAUCCUAAUGUGUAUAAGCACUCAUAAACUUUGUCAUUUAUCAAAUAAGAUUUAUACUAAAUAAAGGAUCAACUGUAUAUACCUAAAAAUAUAGAUGAAUAUGUUGAAUAAUUUGUGGCUUAAUCAAAACUGAUAAAUCAAAGCAUAGAAAUGGAAUAGGCGAGUUUGUAUGAUGAAUUUCUUAAGAUCAAUUCAUUAUUGCAAUAAUUACCACUAAAGGAUCUUACUUAAACUAACUUUCAAGAGAAUGUCCAACUAUUCUUCUUGAUAUUACAGUAAAUACCUUAAAAAAAUUAUUGUUUACAAUUAAUUAAGGGCCUCAAGGGUAUUUUCCAAAUUAUGUUGUUGAAGGGUUGCUUUUUAAUAGAUUUAUCGAUUUAAAGGUAAGAUAUAAACUAAGGAAUUUAAAUUGCAUAAUAAAUUCUCAAUGUAAUCACAGAUAACAAAAUUAUAGAUGAUAUCAUCUUUAAAUAAAUACAAGAAAAUCUUAAAGGUUCUGCAGAUUAAGCAAAAUUAAUAUCAAAGAGAUAAGAUAUUAUUGAUUAAUUUACCAAAUUGAAAAUCAAGAGCAAAAUUUCAAUUAUUCUAAAACUUAUGAAUUUUAAAUCUUUAGAAUCUAAUAUCUAAUCACUGCAAAAUUUUUAGAAAAAUGGACUUCAAUUAUGGAUGGAAUAAGCCUUAAAAAUUAUUUCUACUCAAAAGUUACUCGUCUAAUAGGAUAGAUUAAAUGCAGAGGCAAUUUUCUAUUUUUAAGGCUGA